AUGAGCUUCAAUGGCUAUCGUGGAAAUGGUGGCGGUGGCUACCGAGAUGACGGUCGUAAUGAUCAAGAGAACGGACGUAGAGGACACCAACAAGGAGGUAGUGGUGGUCGCGCUGACCUUUCUCAUGAUAUGAGACGAAUGGAUAUAAAUGGAGGACGUGGAGGAGCUCGUGGUGGAAACAUGUAUUCCCACAACGGACCAGCCCGUCCGCGUUUCGAACGAAGCGCCGCAGGUGUCGCCAAUCCUGGAGACCUCGUUGGAUCAGCGCACUACCCACGAAUUCCAGUCGCGAAGAAAGAUCUGGAGCACAAUAAGCAGGAGUUCUUCAAACGUCCAGAGGGAUCCGUUUAUGAGAAAAACGUCGGAAGCAAGACGGAACUCUGGACGAAUCAUGCUCUUGUCCAUCUACCAUCCCAAGCCUACCUCAUCCACGAGUAUUAUAUCGAGGUCUAUCGAAACCGAAAGAAACUCGAAAAACGAGAGGAAGCUGCUCCAAUGUUCCGUGAUAUCUGCGCGAGUAAAAAUGGACGAAGCGCGCUUCCGCGAUCCGCCGACUACAUCUUCAAUGAUGUAAAUCUUCUGUGGUCGAUUGAGAAACUUUCAAACUCUCAGGAAACUGUCGGAGACAGGCGAAACUAUUUCGUUUACAAAUACACUCAGAGUUUCGAAUUCGGAGAAGGAAUCGCUCAGAGAGACAGCCAGUUACUCUCCACACUCAUCGACGCCAUUGCAACUGCUCGAGUCAGAAAUCCAAGACUGUGCCAGAACAAGUUCACAGUUUUCAAGAGGAGUAUGUUCAUGAUUCAAGAUGAGAAGUAUCGCGAAGACUUCGAUGAUGCUCCACUUUUCUUGGAACUGAAAAACGGAUUGGAUGCUCGAAUUGGUGUUUCAAUUGGUAUCAAGUUGAACCUCCGUGCUGGAAUCACCGCUUGUUAUGAUUUGUCCCACACUAUGUUCACUCGUCCAAGUUAUCCACUGAUCCGCCUCCUUGUCGAAAUGAUUGCUGGUGAAACAAUAAGUGAUGAGGACUUUGAAAACCAUUGGGACAAUUCUCUGAAAAACGCUAAAGUUACGCAUGGUAACCGGGAAAUCAUGAAGUCAAUUCUCCACAAGAUGAAACUGUGUUAUACUCUCGAGAGUGCAGUGGAAGUUGACGCCACUGGAGAGGUCACGAGUAAUGGAGCGUUGGGAAAUGCCAGACAAGCCAACAGGGACUUCAAAUUCUACGAUGUCACAGAGAAAUCAGCUCAAGAGUUGAUGUUCUUCAAUGAGGAAUUGGGAAGAGAGAUCUCGGUUGCAGAGUUUUUCUUAAACAGAAGAAACAUCCGCCUCCGCUAUCCAAACCUUCCCUGUAUCCAAAAGAAACCAUCAAGAAUGAAUGGUAAUCGGUUCAUCGCUUUUCCAAUGGAAUUUGUCACUCUAAUUGCUGAACCGAAAAGAUACGCCGGAUUGACAACUCUGGAACAAAAGUCUGAAAUGGUUCGAUGGACUACAUUCACAGCCAAACAACGACUUGUCGUACUUCAACAUAUUAUGGCUCAGAAGAAUAUCACGGAUGUUCCAGCUGUCGUUGACAAUAAUGAUAGAUACAUGAAGAGACAUGGAAUCACGAUUGACAAGGAAAUGCUCUCUGUGAAAGCUUCAGUACUCCCACCACCUACAGUUGUUUAUGGAGGAAACGACAAGUUCUCGGAUGUGCAUCAUGAAGGGGAAUGGAAAGCUGUCGAUCACGAACCAAUUCGUAAAGUUCUGGAAGAUGCAGUGUACAAAAGAACAACUGACAAAUCUGCACCAAAACUGAAAAAGCGAUUGCUGGGAUCGAUUUUGAAAAUUGGAUCCCCAUACAACGAUAAAGUUGAUAUUGAGAUUGAUGACACCUGCUAUCACAACUUGAUGAGAGCCAUCGAAUCUGCUGGUCAACCGGUCUGUUGGGAAAACGAAGAAAUGGGACAGGCUGCAAUUCAAGGAAGCACUGAGUUCCUCCAAGGAGUUGAUUUACCAGCUGUGAUCUACAAUUUCUUGCAUGAUCUCAAGACCAACAUCGAUGACAAGUAUAAGAAAAGUGACGAUGAAGUGAUUAUUCCCCUUGUCUUUGUGAUCUUUGAGCAGAGAUUUACAAACAUCGUGAACAGCAGAAACAUGUUCCGUAACGACUACAAUUUGUUGAAAUAUCUAGCUGAUACUCAGCUGGGAGUGUUCACUCAAGGAAUGCUUUACAGCACAUUCAACACUAUUGGGGCAACACCAGCUACCUGCAAGUUCACUCGUCUUCUAGUUGAGAAAAUUCUUGGAAAAGUUGGAACAACUCACCGUAAACUGGAAAGCGGCGGAACCCACAAGUCAUGGACGAAGGUCACCAAUCCCAGAGAGCCAACUCUCUUCCUUGGAGUCGACGUUUCCCAUCCAAGCACCCGAGAUCUCAAGGAUCCAGAAUCAGAUGUGAAGAAGAUGUCAGUGGCUACAGUCGUCGGAAACAUUGACAUAGAAUGCACCGAAUACCGUGCUUCCUCCAAAAUUCAAUCGGCCGGGGAAGAGAGAAUCGUCCGAUUCCAGGAUGAAAUCAAGACUCGUAUUGCUGACUUCACAAUGCACAAUAGCAUCCGUCCAGCUCAUAUUGUAGUCUACCGAGAUGGACUAUCAGAGGGAGAUUUCCAGAGAACUCUCUAUGAAGAAAGACUCGCCAUUGAAAAUGCUUGUAUUUCCUUUGACCCCGCUUACCAACCAUCAAUCACCUACAUUGUUGUCACCAAGAGACAUCACACUCGUUUCUUCUUGAAAGACGAAUCCGAGGGAAUUGAGGAGCAAGGAUUCAAUGUCCGUCCAGGAACGCUGGUUGAGGAUUCAGUCACAACCACUAACUACUACGACUUCUACCUCACGACCCAAGUCGGCCAAAUUGGUUUGGCUCGUCCAACUCACUACUAUGUCUUGUGGAACACUUGGCAUGGAUCCCUCCCAACGUUCUGGCCAACUGUCACUCACGCUCUCACUUACAUGUUCUGUAGAGCUACUUCGACAGUAGCUUUGCCAGCACCAGUACUCUAUGCUCAUCUCGCUUCCAAACGUGCAAAGGAGACAAUGGAUGGAGCUAUUGAAGCUCAUAGACUGGUGGGACGAGUUUUCAAUAUGGAUGUGUAUAGCGAUGUGGCUGAACUCACACAGCAAAUCAACAAUCACCCGGAUUUGGAUGGAAUGGUCUUUGUUUAA